GACCGCCCGAAACACGCGCGCACACUUAUGGACAGCAACACACUUCUCUAUGGGGGGCUCGCGCUCGCCGCAGCCACUCUCGGCACGGCAUACACCAUCCUCGUCAUCUGGUCACCAGAUACCAUCGUUCCCAAGCCAUCCGAGAAGAGAUACCGCACCGCGUCCAGCCCCUCCAAACACCUCCCCCUCGCCUCCAUACACGACGCCGGCUCAGUCGACCUCUCCGUGAUCAUCCCCGCUUACAACGAGACGGCGCGGCUACCAGAGAUGUUCUCCACCACGCUCGCCCACCUCGAGUCCACGCGCCCGCGCACAUACGAGGUCCUCGUUGUGGACGACGGCUCGUCAGACGGCACGGCCGACCUCGCCCUAAAGCUCUCGCUGGAGUACCCGGCGAGCGACGUGCGCGUGGUUGUGCUGGAACACAAUGUGGGCAAGGGCGGCGCGGUGCGGCACGGGAUGCUGCAUGCGCGCGGGGGGCGGCUGUUGAUGGUCGACGCGGACGGCGCGAGCCGGUUCGAGGACCUGGAGCUCUUGUGGAAGGCGAUGGACGAGCUGAUGCCGAAGGGCAACGAGGCGGCGGUGGUUGUGGGCAGCCGCGCGCACUUGGUGAAAACAGAGGCCGUCGUAAAGCGGUCUGUGCUCCGGAACAUCCUGAUGUACGGGCUGCACACGAUCCUACGAGUAGUCGGCGUGGGUCACAUCCGGGACACGCAGUGCGGGUUCAAGCUGUUCAGCCGACGCGCGGCGCAGUCGAUCUUCCCCGCACAGCACCUCGCAACAUGGAUCUUCGACGUCGAGCUGCUGCUGCUAGCGAAGCAGCUGGGGUUCCCGGUGGCGGAGGUGCCGAUUGAGUGGCACGAGGUGUCGGGGAGCAAGCUGCACGUGUUCGCGGACUCGCUGCAGAUGCUGCGGGACCUGCUGAUUCUGCGGGCGAAUCUGCUGCUGGGGCGGUGGACGGUGCGGCCGCCGACGGCAUCGAGUACAGAGUAAACGGACGCUUGUAGUAAAUUAUAUAGGAUAAUGACAGCUUG